CUGUGGCCUCUUCUUCAACACAGCCUGUGGCUUUUUCUUCACAGGAGAGCUCAAUUAUUAUCAUAUCUGAUCAGUCUGAUGGAGCACGUAAUAGACGUUAAAACAGCCUCUCCUUCAACUACAGAGACCCACUCUUUCUCAAGCAUACCUCUCUCCUCUCCAUCACCGCAGCUUAUGGAGGAUCUGACAAGGUACCGGCCACUGUAUAAAGCCAUACUUGAUGGCAACCUGGAAUGGAUAAGGGACUUCUGUGAGAAAAAUCCAGAAGCGGUGCAAGUUCGGAUCACGGUGAACUCGGACACAGCUCUUCACAUAGCUGUUGGGAAAGAGGCGAAUCAAAUCGUGGAGCUUCUAUUGUCUUUCAUGUCAACAGUUGAAGUGGCACUGAAAAAUAAUGAGGGCAACACGGCCCUUUCCAUUGCUGCAAUUGUUGGCAAUUUUCAAGCAGCUAAAAUGAUAAUAAGCAGACAUCCUGACUUGGCGGGAGUGGGAAAUAACUCUGGCAGGAUUCCGAUUAUUGAGGCUGCUCAACAUGGCCAAAAGAAGAUGAUUAAAUUUUUACAGCAAUUCACUCGACAUAUAUUUCAGUUUGAAGAAAAUGAGCAUGCUUUUUCCUUCUUGAAUUCGCUUGUAGUUGCCGGACUUUACGAUAUGGCACUAGACUUUGUUAAACAAUAUCCAAGUUUAGCUAUAAAGGAGUCAUCUGAUGGUGAAUCUCUUUUGAGUGCACUAGCAGGAAAGCCUUCUGCAUUUCCAAGUGGAAGAGAGCCACAUUUUUGGGAACGUCAUCUUUGUGGUUUUCCAAGCUGUACAGAAGGGACAGGAGAAACAAAAUGGACGAAUAACGUAGCCGUUAAACUUGUCAAACUCUUAUGCAUGGAAAUUACAAGAAUACUAGACCACGAAAGAAGUUGCUCCAUACUGAGACGGCCGUUCCUAUUAGCGGCGGAAUUAGGGGUCUGCGAAAUUGUGAAAGAGAUUAUGAUAUCAUUUCCUGAUGCAGUCUGGUUUAUAGAUGGUGACAAUCAUAAUGCACUUCAGCUGGCAGUCAUGAACAGGAAAGAGAAGGUAUUCAAUCUUAUAUAUCAAAUGAGUAGUCACAAACAUUUGUUGUUGAUGUCCCAUGAUAACGAUGGGAAUAAUAUCUUGCACUUGGCUGGGAAGUUAGCACCUGAAAAUCAGCUCGUUCUCAUCUCUGGUGCAGCUUUACAAAUGCAGCGUGAAUUACGGUGGUUUGAGGAAGUGAAGAAAAUUGUUCAGCCUGCCUACAGAGAGAAUAAAAACUCUAAAGGAGAAACACCAGCAAUGGUAUUUACUGAGGAACACAAGAUGCUUGUAAAGAAAGGUGAGGAAUGGAUGAAACAAGCAGCCACUGGAUGCUCAUUAGCAACAACACUCAUUGCCACAAUAGUAUUUGCCGCAGCAAUCAGUGUACCUGGUGGCGAUGGAGAAAAUGGAAAACCAAAGUUUUUCAAAGAGAAAAGCUUCACGAUAUUUGACAUCUCGGAUGCACUCUCUUUGCUCUCAUCUAUUGCUGCCAUGAUAGUGUUCUUGUCCAUCCUCAUUACUCGCUAUGCAGAAGAUGAUUUUCAUUAUGUCCUGCCCAACAGGUUGAUAUCAGGUCUUGUUUUGCUGUUUAUCUCUGUAACGUCAAUGAUGGUUGACUAUGGUGCCAUUGUUUAUCUGGUGUUUUAUGACAAGAGGGCUCACUGGAUACUUGUUUUACUCGGUGCAUCAGUUUGUGCACCUGUGUUUUUGUUUGUGUAUUCUCAACUUCCCCUCCUGGUAGAUUUGGUCUUUUAUACACAUGGCCCUGGAAUUUUCCUCAAGUGAUAGGCAUAAGAGAGUUGAAGUUAAUGGAAUAUUUUUAUGUAUUGAUCUUGGAAAAGAAAUUAGUCUCCUUUUUUGUG